AUGGAGACCUUUACAAUACCUGAUGUAUUAAAAAAUUCCACUGAUAUUUACAAACUAUUGUGCCGACUUGGCAUCAGGAACGAUUCCGACUGCGACAAUGAAAUGGACUUCACGCAGGAGCCUAAAGAGAUGAACUGGACGGUCCGCAUCUUCCUGUACAGCCUGAUAUUCCUGCUGAGCGUUCUGGGAAACACGCUCAUCAUCACCGUGCUGGUCAGGAACGGGCGCAUGCGUACCGUCACCAACCUGUUCCUGCUAUCACUGGCCGCCAGCGACCUCAUGCUCUGCCUCUUCUGCAUCCCCUUCACCCUGAUUCCUAACCUCAUGAAGGACUUCAUCUUCGGCCCUGGCAUCUGCAAGGGAGCCAUGUAUUUUAUGGGCGUCUCAGUCAGUGUGUCUACUUUUAACCUGGUGGCCAUCUCCCUGGAGCGAUACAGCGCCAUCUGCAACCCCCUGACCUCACGUAUCUGGCAGACCAAGUCACACGCCGCUAAGGUCAUCACGGCCACCUGGGUGGUGUCCUUCAUCCUGAUGCUGCCGUACCCCAUCGCCAGCACUCUGGUGCCCUUCACCCGCUACGACAACACCACCGGGAACAUGUGCAGGCUGGUCUGGCCCAGCGACGUCAUCCAGCAGUCCUGGUACGUGUUCCUGUUACUGCUUCUGUUCCUGGUGCCCGGGAUGGUCAUGAUGACAGCAUACGGUCUUAUUUCACUGGAGCUCUACAGGGGAAUUAAGUUUGAAAUUAACAACAGAAAGUCUAGUAGAGAGAAAGAGGCCAGCGGCAACAGCGUGAGGACGGUGGACGGAGACGGCUGCUACCUCCAGCCCUCCAAGCGGAAGCUGGAGCUUCAGCAGCUGCAGCGAUCCAAGGCCACGCUGAGCCGCGUGAGCAGCAACAGCGUCGGGGGGAGCAGCAAGGCCACGCUGAGCCGCGUCAGCAGCAACAGCUCCGCCACCAACCUGAUGGCCAAGAAGCGCGUCAUCCGCAUGCUGCUGGUCAUCGUCUGCCUCUUCUUCCUCUGCUGGACGCCCGUCUUCAGCGUCAACGCCUGGCGGGCCUUCCACCGCCGCUCGGCCGCCCGGCUGCUCUCGGGAGCGCCCAUCUCCUUCAUCCACCUCCUGUCCUACACCUCGGCCUGCGUCAACCCCAUCAUCUACUGCUUCAUGAACAAGCGUUUCCGCCAGGGCAUGCUGGCCACCUUCGCCUGCUGCAGGGGCCGGGCCGGGACCCGGGGGCCAGGGGGGGCGCGCGGUCGCCGCGGCAACGGCUGCCUCUGCCGAGGUUCCGGGGGGGAGGAAGACGGCCACAACCACUCGGGCGGAACCCUCACCCGCUUCACCUACAGCAGCAUCCGUGGCUCCGCCCAGGCGUAG